UUCUGUCUUUCUGUUCGUUUUCUUUCUUCUCUCACAUCUCCUGCUGCUUUACUCCGCUGAAGCAGAAGUGAGAUACACCAAAAAAUGUCCACCCUUUCCCUGCGGACAUCUGAGCUCGAUUGGCUUUCCAUUCACCAAGGAGGAAAACCCAGAAUGCGGUGUUUUCACAAUAGAGUGCCGGGAUGAUGCGUCUCCGAUAAUCAAACUGGAGGGUGGAAGACAAUAUGAAGUUCUAAGUAUCCUUCCGGAUAACACCACCAUACAUAUCAGAGACGAAUGGCUUGGGGGGCUGCACCCUGCAGCCCCUGCAUCCUUUGCAUGCGAAUCCUUAACCAAUCUGACUAUUACCAGCUCUUCGUUCAUCUCUUUUGAAUUUUCCCCCAAGCAGACCUUUUUUAAAUGCAAACGCACUCUCAAUAUUUCUCCCCCAAUAAACUUUGAAAGUAUUCCUUGCUCUGAAGAUGUUAUCUACUAUAAUGGUUCAAGCGAUAGUUUUCCCACUUCUCUCUCUGAAUGUUCAAUUAUUCAGCUCCCAAAGAAUCCGAACCCAGAUCCUCUGGCAGUUGAUGAUAACCCGUUUGGACUUUUAGCCGUUGAGUUCGACCUUAAACCGCAUGUCUCUGAUGCAUGUUACAGUUGUUAUCAAAGAGGAGGUCAUUGUCAGCCCGACGACAAGGGGGAACUUGAUUGUGGUGCGGAGAAAGAGAGUCACACAAGGCCAGUACUGGCGAUAGGACUAGCCACUUUAUUUGCUGGAAUUGGAGUUGUGAUGGUUCUAAUCUACUGCUUGAUCAAGAGAAAGUUCUCAUCCAAUCAAAUUAUUUAUUUUUGGAAAAAGAAAAGUCUAAACCAUAAGACUGUCCAAGACUUUCUAAGAAAUCAUGGACCUCUUACUAUUAAAAGAUACAGUUAUUCAGAUAUCAAGAAAAUGACCAACUUCUUUAGAGAUAAAUUAGGCGAAGGGGGCUUUGGUGGUGUCUACAAGGGAAAGUUAAAAGAUGGAUGUCUUGUGGCAGUGAAGGUUUUGAAGGAAUCUAGAGGUAAUGGAGAGGAAUUCAUUAAUGAGGUUGCAAGCAUUAGUAGGACCUCCCAUGUCAACAUUGUCUCUCUUAUGGGCUUUUGCUUUGAGGGUUCUAAAAGAGCCGUCAUCUAUGAGUUUAUGCCCAACGGAUCUCUAGAAAAGUUCAUAUAUAACAAAAGUCCUUCAAAGUUUGCUCGACGAUUGGAAUGGGAGACAUUAUACAACGUUGCAAUUGGCAUUGCUCGAGGAUUAGAGUACUUACAUAGAGGUUGCAGCACAAGGAUCUUACAUUUCGAUAUAAAGCCUCACAAUAUUCUUUUGGAUGAGAACUUCAGCCCAAAAAUUUCUGAUUUUGGGCUUGCAAAAAUAUGCACAAGAGAAGAGAGUAUUAUAUCAAUGUUGGGUGCGAGAGGAACUGCGGGAUACAUCGCUCCGGAAGUAUUUUGUAGAAAUUUUGGAGGUGUCUCUCACAAAGCAGAUGUUUAUAGUUACGGAAUGAUGGUUUUUGAAAUUGUUGGAGGAAAAAGGAAUAUAAAUGUUGAGAUUGACCGUACCAGUGAAAUAUUUUUUCCGCAUUGGAUUUACAAGCGUCUUGAAAAAAAUGAAGAUCUAGGACUGCAGGGCCUUAUGAAUGAAGAUGAUUACAAAAGUGCAAGGAAGAUGAUAAUAGUGAGUUUGUGGUGUAUACAGACUGACCCUUUAAGCCGGCCACCAAUGAGCAAAGUUGUGAAUAUGUUAGAAGGGAGUCUUGAAUCCUUACAAGUACCACCUAAGCCUUACUUGUCUUCGCCAUCACGAUCACCGGAAGAUUCUUCAACAAUGGUGUCAACACAAUGUGAUUCUAUAAUGCCUUCAAAUGCAUCUUUUCUUUAAAAGGAAAUUUUAAUGUUUUUCUUUUUUGGAAGAGAGGAAAUUUUAAUGUUAAG